UCUUUGGGUAUGAGGAGCUUCUUAAUGACUAGAUUGUCAUCUUCAAACCAAAUUGCUCCCUUCAAUUCUAGGUGUUAGGAGUUUGCAGUUCUGGCCACUCACUGGCGUUGUGCAAUGGUCAAAAGUAUCCUUCCUGUGUGUGGGGCAAGCCAUAAUUUUUUAUCAAAAGUAGUUUGAAAAAUGAUGUGACUGCCUGAGAUACUCAGUGAUUGCUCACUACUUUCAUGGGUACUAAUAUACACGCAAAAAAACGACCUUGCCCUUAGCAAAGGAAAUGAAAUGCAGAACGCAAUGGGUGUUGCUGGUCUGACAUAUCAAAUUCAAUAAAAAUAGCCCAAGAUUGAAAAUUUCGAUAGUUUCAAGAUUCUUGACUGGUGUUUGAAGUCAAGUACUUGAAUAUGAUGGACAUGCAAGAGGAAGAUAAGCUUUUGCUGAGUAGUUUGGGUGUUGUAUCUGCUAACCCCGAUGACAUCGAGCGUCAUAUACUUUCUAAGGCAAAAAACAAAGAACAAGAGGCUGAGAUCAGCCAAAUUUCAGCUGAAAAUAGUGAUGGCGAUAUUCCCGAAGGAGGGAAACAAGAUCGAGGAAGUUCGCUUACAAAAAGGUCCCAUAUUCAUGCUCAGUUAAAAGUAGUCGAGGUUGAAAUGGCUGCUGUUGCUGCAGGUCUUGAAACAGUUCAGAAUGCUGCAAGCAAUAAUAUUCUUUUCAUAGAGGAUUCUGAAGGUGAGAAAGAAGACAAGGAGCUGGAAUUCAGGGAAAACAAGCCUUCGUUAGUGGAAGGAUCAGUGCUUCAGCAUGCUCUGGCUACUGAAAGAUUGAAAAGCCUUAAAAAGAAAAAAGGACAACUUAAGAAACAGUUGAAGGCUUUUGAGGUGGAGGGAAAGACUCAGGAACCUGAGGAGCAGGGUUUGUUUCUUGAUUUAGGGAAUGAAGAAGAUAUUGUCACUAAGAAAACCAGCCAUUUGAUAGAUAAACAACGAAAAGUGGAAAAGAGGAAUGCUUAUUUUCAAGAGGAUGAUGAGUUUGAUAUGGCAUUGGAUGCAGCAGCUUCAGGGCUAAUUGAAACUGAACGUGAUAAACUCAUCCGAAAAGGGAUUUUAACACCUUUUGACCAAGUCAGAGGUUUUGAGCGUCGGGUACAAAGAUCUCGCCCACAAAAAAUCUGUGAUAAACCAGUUGAGACCGGUGAUGUCAAUCUUUCAAUAGAUUCUAUCUCCAGAGCUGCUGCGUCAAUGUCUGUAACUGCUAAACGUCGAUCAUCAACAAAGUUGCUUGAUGCAGAAGACUUGCCAAAGUUGGAUCCUCCCACUCGUCCAUUUCGAAGACUUAGAAAACCUAUCAAUGUCAAAGUGUUCAAUGAGGUUGAGAAACCUUCAAAAAAUCACUCAAGCAAUUUAAGAAAGAGAAAGCGGCCUUUACCUGAUCAACAAUGGAGGAAUGCUGCAUCUAGUGAUGAUGAAGCGUGGAGUCAUGCUGAUCAUCAAGAAGGCAAUGAAGACAUUAUGGAAAAGCAGAAAUACAUGAAUAAAAGACAGGAUGGUUCAGAUUCAGCAAACUCUGAUUAUGAGAUUGAAGGUGAUGAUGAAGCUAUAGGAGAUACUGAAGGUCCUGAGGAAGAUAUUGUAACUGUUGAAGGAGGAUUGAAAAUUCCUGGGAAGAUUUUUGACAAUCUUUUCGAUUACCAGAAAACAGGUGUAAAGUGGCUGUGGGAGUUACAUUGCCAGAGGGCUGGUGGAAUAAUAGGAGAUGAAAUGGGUCUUGGGAAAACAGUUCAGGUGAUAGCAUUUCUGGCGGCUUUGCAUUUCAGUGGUAUUUAUAAGCCUAGUUUAAUUAUAUGUCCAGUAACUCUUUUACGCCAAUGGAGACGGGAAGUUCGAAAAUGGUACCCACAGUUCCAUGUUGCAAUAUUGCAUAAUUCUGUUUCAGCAUCUUCUGUAAAAUCAAACAAGUAUAAGGGUACAAAAAUGGAGGAUGAAGAUGGAGAACCAAUAAAUAAUGAUGAGGAGGAAGUCCAGACUGUUCAAGGUGCAAACAAGUGGGAUUUUCUAAUUAAGCGAACUUUUGAAUCUAGUUCUGGGUUGCUUAUCACCUCUUAUGAACAACUUAGAGUAUUAAGGGACAAAUUGCUGGAUAUAGAAUGGGGAUAUGCCAUAUUGGAUGAAGGGCACCGCAUAAGAAACCCAAAUGCUGAAAUCACCCUUUUGUGCAAACAACUGCAAACUGUGCAUCGCGUUAUAAUGUCAGGUGCCCCAAUUCAGAACAAGCUUACAGAGUUGUGGUCUUUGUUUGACUUUGUUUUUCCUGGAAAGCUGGGAGUCUUACCUGUAUUUGAGGCUCAAUUUGCUGCACCUAUUGCAAUUGGUGGUUAUGCCAAUGCAUCACCAUUGCAAGUAUCUACUGCUUAUAAAUGUGCUGUUGUUCUUAGAGACCUUAUAAUGCCUUACCUGUUACGCCGUAUGAAAUCGGAUGUAAAUGCACAACUUACAAAGAAAACAGAGCAUAUUCUCUUCUGUAGCUUGACUAAAGAACAGCGCACGGCAUAUCGUGCUUUUCUUGCAAGUUCUGAUGUGGAGCAAAUAUUUGAUGGCAGUAGAAAUUCACUUUAUGGAAUAGAUAUACUGCGGAAAAUAUGUAAUCAUCCUGAUUUGCUUGAAAAGGACCAUAGUGGCAAGCAUCCAGAUUUUGGGAAUCCAGAACGCAGUGGCAAGAUGAAGGUGCUUUCCCAAAUUUUGAAUGUUUGGAAAGAUCAAGGCCACCGGGUUCUGGUUUUUACUCAGACACAGCAAAUGCUGGACAUCCUUGAAAAUUUUCUUGCCUCUGAAGGUCUUACCUAUCGGCGAAUGGAUGGAUUGACUCCUAUCAAACAUCGUAUGGCCUUAAUGGAUGAAUUCAAUGAGUCUAAUCAUGUUUUUGUAUUUAUUUUAACUACAAGGGUUGGGGGCCUGGGAACAAAUUUGAUUGGUGCUGACAGAGUGAUAAUUUUUGAUCCAGAUUGGAAUCCUUCAAAUGACACACAGGCAAGGGAGCGUGCUUGGCGUAUAGGUCAGACACGAGAUGUGACUGUCUAUAGACUAAUAAGCCGUGGAACAAUUGAGGAAAAAAUUUAUCAUAGACAGAUAUAUAAGCAUUUCCUGACCAAUAAGAUCCUCAAGAAUCCACAGCAGAGAAGAUUCUUCAAGGCAAGAGAUAUGCGGGAUCUCUUUACUUUACAAGAUGACACAGACGAGAAUGGGACAGAAACAUCUAGCAUUUUUAGUGAAUUGACUGGAGAAGCAAGGUCACAUGAUCAGAAUGAACAACAAAUACAAGCAAAGCGUCCUGUCAAUAAUCAAAUUGAUAGUACAUCUUGUGGCACUCAUAAUGGGGACCAAGGCAAAAGUAUAUCCAGAAGCAAGGGUAAAGAAAAGGUUGUGUCUAAAGAAGAGACGCAAGAAGAUGAAUCAAAAAUGCUAAAAGUUCUUCUAGUCAAUGGAAUUCAUAGCACUAUGGAUCACGAUGCUAUUAUUGACAUCAAUGAUGAAGAGAAGCUGAAGCUUGAUGAUGAAGCUGCUCAAGUUGCCCAAAGAGCAGCUGAAGCUUUAAGACAAUCGCGGAUGCUUCGGGGUCAAGAUGGUGUGUCAGUUCCAACAUGGACCGGUAAAUCUGGUGCUGCAGGUGCUCCGACUUCCAUAAGGAGAAAAUUUGGAUCAACAGUAAAUUGCCAGUUGGUGUCAGCUUCGAAGUCUACUGAUCGAUCUAGUAUCAAUGGAGCAAGUAGCUCUCAGGGUGCUUUGAUAGGACUUGCUGGAAUUUCUACAGGAAAAGCCUUGAGCUCAGGUGAUCUUCUUGCACGGAUACAAAUGAAUAGAGAAAGUGCUAUAGAUGCUGGCUUGGAGUCCCAGACGUUAUCAGGAGCUGGCUCUAGUAUGAUAAAUGAGACUCAAAGAAUACCAAGCAACAGGCCCAUGAAUGGUCGAAUUGUUCCAAAAUCUAUUCAACCUGAAAUCCUAAUUCGUCAGCUAUGUACAUUCAUACAACAGAAUGGUGGAUCUGUGGGGUCAACUAAAAUUGUAGAUCAUUUUAAAGACAGGGUUCCUCCAAAAGAUUUGUGUUUGUUCAAGAAACUUUUGAAAGAAAUUGCUAUCCUGAGAAAAGAAGGUGGACAAGGUGAAUGGGUAUUAAAACCAGACUACCAGAUUGACAAAUUUGGUGCUGGGUGACACUGAACCUUUUGAAGAUUUAGUGAAGCUGGAUUUUCAACAGUGUCAUGUUUUCAGACAUGAGCCGGUCUCAUGCAUCAGCAUUUCUGUAAAGCCUGGAGCUUUUUGCCCUCUCCAAAGUUUUGGACGCCAUUGCCUAGGAAAAAUCUGGCAACUGAGUUUACAAUUGUAUAUUUAUGGAGAAGUACAUUACUGUUUCCUGUAAUUGGUAACAAGAAACCAAUAUGGAAUACAGCAAUCACCACUUCAAAAUUUCAAAUGUGCAAUGACCAUUUUCUUGGAAUUGGUCUGUUGGUGCUUAUAUGGAUUCGACGCAGGAUUGUUUCUCUGGGUGCUACAAUUUUGAAAUGUCUAAAAAUUAUCAGGAAGUCUCUUCCUUGAUGUACACUUGAUCAAUUGUGACUUGCGAUAUUCAUGCUGUAGUCAGAAGGGACUUAUUUAAGAUAUGAAGUGGUGAUAUAUUUUGAA